CUCACUUAUCUCCCUGGGGCGCUGGGCACUCUCGUGCGGGGUUGGGGGCUGGCGGGGAGCCUCCGAGGGCAAGUUGCACCUCCGUGUGAGCGCCUGUGCACCGGGCACGUGUGCUGGCAGUGCCCGGAGCCGGACGGGAUCGCGUGGUUUCGGAGUUUGAAAACGGCAGGAAGCGACGGAAGCUUAGCGUGGACAAUGAAAACAGUUCAGUUCUAGCAUCUGACCUUUCCAGGUCAUGUACCAACACAGGAGUGGCCAACCUGUGGCACAAGUAGAACAGGCAGCCUCUGUGUGUAGCAUGAGGCAGGGAGCAGAAAGCAGAGCAGCAGAUUGGGGAAGGGGAUCUAGUUGGCACCCAAGAAGGAUGCAGGGCUAACUUGUGCCACACCUGCCAAAAAAAGGUUGGCCCCUGCUUUACUAGCAACUAUAUAAUCACAGCAGGAGAUUGCUUGCAUCCAGCCAAGGCUCUUCCAGUAGGUGGGGAAGAAUUGGGACACUUUGAUUGAACUGGAGCCAAAAUCAACCUGGGGCUUUAAUCCAACAAACUGAAUAUCAAUAGUAGGUUUAAAGCAAGGGCAAAGAAGUGAGAGAGCUGCAGCAUAGUGUAGUGUACAUCCAAAUUAUGGCUUUAAUUUUCAAAAGGGUAUGUUCAGUGUCACAAAAGAGCGUGUAAGACUCGGUCUGUAUAGUGAGCAAGCGGCAAUUCAAAAACUAACAGCACCAAAUGCUGGCAAUGGAUGCUAGUGGGCAGAAAGGAGUGUAAAAUAUAGUAGAUCACGGGUGUCAAAUAUUCAGCCCACAGCUCCUUUAUCUGGUCCCCUGGGCUACUGGCAAGCCACCAGAAGUUAGGAGGCAUGGCUGAGGAGGGGGGAGGUGGUCUGCUGCAUAAUCCAGGGCUCUGGACAUGGCACAGCAGGAGGAUGAGCAAAGGCAGACAUAACCAAAGUUGCCCCCUAGCCACUUCGCCUGUUACUACUGCCGCAGCCAUAUCCUCUCAGCUCCCUUUGUGCUGGAGCUGUCACUCUGUGCUCCAGGUUAGAGCAAGAGCUGCUUAUGCUGCCACUUCCUUGCGCCCCAGGCUGGAUCUGGCUCACAAAGAGCCCUGUGGUCUGGAUCUCGCCCAGGACACAAGACUCCUAAAACUUUCUGUUUUGCUGAAAGAAUCACUUCCAAGAGUCCAUCUUAUGAUGUCAAAUACUGUAUCCUCUUGGAUUUUAAGCUCUGCAAGAAACAGCAUUUUUGUUUUGCAAGGAAAAGGACGUUUGUAUUCAAAAUGGAUCCCACACCAAAGCAAGAUGAAAUGCAAAUGCAUGUUUGCCAAAGCACCACUCUCUCCUGUUGUGAUGAGCUGCAGUAUAGACAGCGUCUUCACUUUAAAGGCUUUCAGGCAUACUUCGACGGAGGAGCAGCACUUUACUUUUCAGCUAACACCAUCACAAAUAAAUGAUGUAUUGAAAGCAGGUGAAUUAUCCCAUAAAAUAUCUGAAUUUGAUGGCAGAAAUUCAAAUUCUGUCCUGAGAUUUGAAAGUAACCAGUUAGCAUCCAACGCGCCCAGUGAAGAUCGUAGGAGUGCAGCCACUUGCUUGCAAACAAAAGGAAUGAUGUUUGGCAUCUUUGAUGGCCAUGGUGGUUAUGCAUGUGCUCAGGCAGUUAGUGAGAGGUUAUUUUACUAUAUUGCUGUCUCUCUUAUGUCUCAACAAGCGCUGGAAGAGAUGGAGCUUGCCACAGAAUGCAUGAAACCAGUCCUGCCAAUUCUGCAGUGGUACAAACAUCCGAAUGACCUUAUGUUCCGAGAAGUGGCUUCAUUAUACUUUGAUCACCUCAGGGUUUAUUGGCAAGAUCUCUUAAACCUUGACCUAGAGACAGGUUUCAGUGUAGAAGAAGCCUUGAUAAAUGCGUUCAAAAGGUUAGAUUCAGACAUAACACUGGAAGUCCAGGCCCCCUUAGAAAAUGAAGUAAUGAGAAACAUUGCCCUGCAAGUGGCUUUCUCUGGUGCAACAGCCUGUGUCUCUCAUAUUGAUGGUGUCCACUUACAUGUUGCAAAUGCUGGGGACUGCAGGGCUAUCUUAGGGGUUCAAGAAGAAGAUGGAACUUGGUCAGCGCUGUCUCUUACUCAAGAUCACAAUGUCUUCAAUGAAGCAGAAAUCAGAAGGCUAAAGGAAGAACAUCCUAAAGUGGAGGAGAAAACAAUAAUCGUGAAUGACCGGCUGCUGGGGAUCCUCAUUCCUUCAAGGUCUUUCGGAGAUGUUCAACUGAAAUGGAGCAAGGAACUGCAACAGAGUGUUCUGGAGAAUGGCUCUAAUGUUGAAGCUUUAAAUAUUUAUCAGUAUGUCCCUCCAAACUAUUAUACACCACCUUAUUUAACAGCAGAGCCUGAAGUCACCUACCAUAAACUAAGACGUAAAGAUAGGUUUCUAGUUAUGGCAUCGGAUGGAUUGUGGGACAUGCUGAAUAAUGAGGAUGUGGUAAAACUUGUUGCAGAACACCUUGCAGAGUCUACCAUCCAGAAACCAGAACUCAAAAAGCCAGUUAACUUGGGCUAUAUGCAAAGUCUGCUGCUUCAGAGGAAAUCCAGAAGCAUGGGCUCACUUGACCAGAAUAUUGCCACUCACCUAAUAAGGCAUGCAGUUGGAAAUAAUGAAUAUGGAGAGAUAGACCAAGAGAAACUGGCUGCAAUGUUGACUUUACCUGAAGACCUAGCAAGAAUGUAUAGAGAUGACAUCACAGUUACUGUGGUGUAUUUUAAUUCUGAUGCAAUUGAAAAUUACUACCAAGGCAAGAAAUAAGGACUUGAGUUAAUGCUAUGGCAAGGUCUGAUAUGGGACCAUUAAUGUUUACUUUCACUAAUAGUCAAGCUGUUAGAAAUACUGUUGACUAGAAGUCCUCUAGCUGUGAAUUCCUUUUGAAAAUGUUGGGCUGUGAGUUUUGUAAAACCUCUGGGCUCCCAGUAUUUUUUGCUGGUGAUACAGAAUUGUACUGCUAACAGCUGUGCAGAAUCUGAUUGAAGGCAGUGGUCUAAUUAAUGAUCACUGGCCAAAUUCUUUCCCCAUGGAAACCACUGACCAAACUCCUGAAGUGCCCUAGUGUGGUAUCAUCUGUUGAAGCUAUAGUUAUCUUCUCUAACUGAAUGAAAGUGCAAGAAGGACCCCCUUGUUCAGAGGUCUUAUGCAAAAUGAGCAGCCUUCUUUCAAAGUACAUUUUUCAAAUAGAUGCUUUUUGGGCAUGAGGGUUGUAUCUGAUACUUCAAACUGCUCACCCUCCAAACUUGAGAGACCUUGUGAGCUUGCUCUUUCAUUUAAAACUUAAAGCAAGACUGUUUCAGUUUUGGAAACUGUUAGAUUACUUUUUACUAAUACCCUUUUACAGGAGGCAUAAAGAAACAAAGCAUAAUUUCUUCCAGAAUGACUGACUUCAAAUUGUGACAUUGAGUGUAAAGACAGUUGUGUGGACAGACACUUGUGACAAUCUAGUGCACUUUAAACUAGAAUUUACAAUUCAGUCUUUAGAAAUAUUAUAUAUUUCUAAUUUAAUGAGUACUUAAUGCCACCAGUGGUACUUGACUGGAAUAUUUUUAUGCUUAUUGUUUGAUUUACUAAAACCUUUUAUAUUGUAAAGUGAUCCAUGAAACAUUGUGUUCUAAAACUGCAGUCUGUAAAACUAACUUAAAUACUAUUCUGUAGGUGCCUCUGGAAUUGUAUAAGUACACAUGAAAUCUAAAUGCUCCAGUUUGAAGAGAUGGGUGCUCUACAAAUUGCUGCCUUUACGUUCUCAUUUACGAGGUAGAAUUGGCAAUGCUGGUAUUCUACCAAAGAGUACUUCAUGCUUGUCUCUCUCCCUUCAUUCUCCUUUUCAGACAGGUACUUACUGUCCAGCACAGAAGACCGUUCAAAUUGUCCUGGUGUUUUUUUGAAAUGCUUAUUUGUCACUGGAUAUUACUUUUUAUAUUUAAAAGUACACUUUUUGGCACUGUGCUAAAAUAAUGUACUUUAUAUGUUUGUCUUUUGCACUCCAUAACUAUUUGUAUUGCUCUCUCUUGUACUUUGUCCCCUAUAUAAAGCUUAAAUUAGCUUUCUUUUUCAAAGCUGGCGCGCUGCUUUUCUAGUGACUGCUUCCUUGUUUGUGCCCCAGAAUAAUUGGAGCCUGCGAGAAUGUGCAUUCUGGGACUAGAGGUCUCUGUUUGUUGCUGUUGCUACCAAGGAAGAGUACCUAUCUGGGUGGUACUGAACUAGCAUAAAUGUGAUCAUAUUUUUUUUUCCUCUGUUCCAUUUCAAAUACAGCAGCUUUUCUCUUAAUUAUUCUGCAGUUCAGCAUGUUUGAAGUCAUUAACAAUUGCCCUCAUAGACUCUUUGGCCUAAACUGUGGAUUUUUUCCAUAGUGUUUUUUUUGUUUGUUUGUUUUUCACCAACACGAGUCAUUUAUUAAUGCAUAUGAAUGAAUAUGGGUUGUAGAGAACCAUGUAUAUGAUUCUGCUUGAAAUUUACCUUGGAAAUUAUUUUUAAAAAGUGUUUAAAGAAAACUAAAGAUAUGGAUGUUUAAUUGUGGGUAGACUUGAGACAAUCAAGUUUGUGCUUUUUUAUGUUACCUCACCAAUUAAUAUAUCUUGUUGCAAGCAUCAGGCUCAGGUUGCAGUAUUCCCUAUAUUGAUUGCCUACAUGCUUUUCCUUUCAGUCUAAUAUCACUGUUUGAUUUUUUGGCCCUUGAUUCAUGAACACAUUGAAGCCUGCAUGAACAUAAGUUAGACAUAAUAAGGAUUCUUAGCUGAAAAGCAGAAUACCUAAGGCACCUGACUUGUACAUAUCAGAACAAAACAGGCAGCCCAGCUAGGUAGCUGUCACUUUACAUGAUCGGUCAGCUACAUUUUGUAGGUCUGUGCUCACUGUUCUGAGGAAACUCACUGGGGUUGAAGAGUUUGGGGUUGGUACUGGAGUCUGCAGGAAGGGUUUGCAUGUGUAUGGUGGGCUGUUACAGGGGUUGCUGGGGUUUAUGAUGGAUAAUAGUAAUAUUUAGCCUUAAUCUAUUUAUAGGUAGCUUUGGGCUGAGGAGAGAUGUCUCCCUUGGGAAUGAGGGAGCCAGAUUUGGAAGAAGAUCUAGAGGCAGGUUAGUCUGUGAGCAAACCCACAGAGGGAGUUGCUGUAGAAGCGUGUGUGUGGGAAAGGCUCUUUAGUGAAUCCUGAUCACAGCCUUAAUGUUUUCCAAUGAAUGAUUUGAGCAGGGCACUCCACUUUGCCAGUACCUUCUUGUAUGUCUCUGUGUGAGCAGCUGUAUAUAUGCAGAUUGGUUAGUUAUUCUGACUGUAACCAAAAAGUAGUGCCAUCGAUGGAUGCAUAUCUAGGCUACCACACACUAGAUAUGGGCACUCUUCCAUUAGUGGUGAGGCUAAAAACAAAGGUGCUUAGACCACAGUAGAGUAGACAAAAAUCUGAUUACUUUAAAUAAACAUAGUUAGCAAAAUAUUUGAGAAGCAAUUCAAGUCUGUGUCUGUUAAAGACAGCAUUGCAUAUCCAAGUACUUAACAUCUAUCUAAAAUAACUUGCUCUUAAUUUUUGGAUAUCUUCUAGUUCAGGUAGUGUCAAGUGGCAAACUUAGUUUUCAUGUUUUUUUUAAAAAAAUGGAACAGUCAGUGUACUAUGGAUACUCUUAUUACUGCAUAUGUAAAUAGAACUGUUUUUGCAAACUGGUAAUUGUUGUUUUGGGGAUUGUGUUUGACGGUAGAAAUGAUACUAUCUCUAAUUACAUGCCAGUAUGUGCCCAGUUUAACUUGCAAUAUUGUAAUUAUUGUUCCUUGGAAUAUGGCAACAGGAAAGCAAGUAGGCACAUAAAUAAUAGUGUGCACACUCCUGCAUUUUGUUGUAGACCAACAGUAAUAGCCUAGGUCUGCUUGUGUGUAAGCAUCAACUUCAGUCAGAGAACAGUCAUACCUUUUCUGCAGCUGUGAAGGCAUGGCUGGUCAGCAUUAACGUACCGGGUAUACACUGCUCUGGAGUCCUUGAGAUACAUGUUUCAGUGGUAAACUUAGUUGAUGGUGACCAUAUGGCUCUCACAGGUUGGUAUGAUGCAAGUCUUCCUCUAUCCUGAACAAAUAAGCUUUCAACAUGUUCAUUGGUGUAAUUUGAGUCAACUCGGAAAAUGUAACUUCCCCAAUAUCUUUAUGAUGGGAAGCAGUAGGUUGUUCCAGAUAUAGGAAUCAAGCUACCCGUAGCCUGUAGGAUGUUCACCACGUGCCACUCUACUGUGCCUCUUCAAUCUAAAUUACAUGGACUCUUCAUGUACGUACUAGUAUAGAUAACUUAUCAUUUAAGCAUAUUUUGUGAAUCAUGACUGUGUCCUUGAUUUGAACUAUAGCCUUCUGACAUUUGUGUUUAAAAUGCUUAACAUUUAAAAAUAAAAAUGUUUUUUGUUUGGAGAAGAGAAAUCUUCAACUAUUGUACUUCAAGUGACUUGUUUGUAUUUAAGGUUUCAAACCUUUGUUGUAUGUUUGGAUUUUUUUUUCUCCCUAACUUCAUUGCAAAUAUUGAAAUGAAUUAACAUUUUUGUAAAUAAAAACCUGUACUCCCGUA